AUGACUUGUGUACUUCAUGUUUUUCUAACAGGCCAUGAGUACAAGUUACACUGUUACAUCUACCAAGCCAGGGAUCUGCAGUCUGCUGACAGAGAUGGCAUGGACGAUCCCUUUCUGUCUGUGUUCUUCUCUUGCCGAAGUCAGAGGACUAACAUUGUCAAAAAGACGCUGAACCCCGUCUGGAACCAAACCCUGGUGUUCAAGGAGUUAAAGAUCUACGGGGCACCAGAGACUAUAGCCGCUAACCCGCCUCCUGUGCUGGUGCAAGUGUACGACCAUGACCUGUGGCGCAAUGAACACCUGGGGACUGUGAAGAUGACACCUGAGGUGGCUACAGGUGAGCAGCUGGGAGACACAAAACUGCGCUGGUAUCCGAUCUCUGUUGGGGGCAAACAUCAUGGAGACCUGCUGGCUACAUGCAAACUGUUUCGUGUACGCAAUGGGGCCGAGCCACCCAUCCUGUCCCCAGCAAAGGCAAGCAAAGAUCUGCAGCACGUGUACACCAUACCAGAUACCAUCCGACCCAAAAUGAGGAGGAUGGCCAUUGACGUGAUCUCCUGGGGAGUGAGGAACAUGAAGCGGUGCCAUCUUCUCGUGGUCAAUUCUCCGUCAGUCGAGUUUGCAAUCGCGGGUCAAGUUGUGCUGAGGUCCAGUGUGAUCGCCAACGCCAAGGACAACCCCAACUUUAGGCGUCCCCUGCUGCACACGGAAAUGGAGCUGCCUGUAGAUCCUGACUACAUGCCCCCUAUGACGAUAAAGGUGUACGACAACAGGCUAUUCGGGUUCAAGCCUCUAGCGGGAGUUCACGUCAUUAACACUCUCAGCUUGUAUGAGAUGCAGCCAUCGUCACCAGUACAGUGUAUCGACUGCGACAAGGACCAAACAUCUGAUAGGCUGUCACAACUGCAAACACGACUUAAGAACACAGGGUCCAGUCUACCCCCUGUGCUUGAGACUGACAUAGACUGGUGGAGUCUGUUCUACACCUCCAUCGGAGACCUGGAGAAAGGAGAUCCUUCUCUGCGCCAUGAUCUGUUGGAGGUGUAUGACUGUGAACUUGAAAAGGUUCCGGCCUUCCAAGGUCUGACAGACUUCGUGCAGCUGUACCCGUUAGAGCGGGGCAGGGAGAGUUAUGAAGACGAUGGCGGUACCGCUGGGCAGUUCAAGGGUUCCGUCAAGUUAAGCCCUAUCGUCGGUCAGAGCACAGAUCACAGGACCGAACCGCACCUACCAGAGAUGCCUGUAGAAUGUGUAGUGAGGGUCUACGUUGUACGGGCUAUCGGUCUACAGCCGCACGACACUUCAGGACUGGCCGAUCCCUACCUGAGUAUAAGUUGUGGUGACUACACAGUGGACGACAUCGAGAACUACAUACCAAAUACCCUGGAUCCGAUAUUUGGGAGGAUGUACGAGUUCACGACGCGCCUGCCACAGGACAAGGACCUGCACAUCUCCGUGUACGACAAGGACGUCCUCAGCGCGGACGAUCUGAUUGGACAGACCACGAUAGACCUGGAGGAUCGCUACCUAUCACGUCACAGGGCCACAUGCGGGCUGCCGCGCAGGUACCACAGGAAAACCAUAAAUUGUUGGAGGGACAGCCAGCAACCGGAGGAGAUUCUGAAGCAGUACUCAGUCAGACAUGGUCUCUCACCGCCGAGGUUCAAAGGGGACAGUGGUCUCACGCUGGAGUUUUGCGGAAAGGCACACACACUCACCGAUGCUGACGACGUUUCCGCUAAGGAUGACCUGUGGCUCAGGAGACAGAAGCUGGCCCUGAAGGUUCUCCGUUCCUUGUGCCUGGUACCGGAACAUGUGGAGACCCGUGCACUGUACAGUCCGCUACAGCCUGGCUUAGAACAGGGGAAACUGCAGAUGUGGGUUGAUAUUUUCCCUAAAACGUACGGCCCGCCUGGACCCGAGGUUAACAUCUCACCACGUGUGCCUCAGGAAUAUGAACUGCGUGUGGCUGUCUUAAACACGAGUGAAGUUGUGUUGGACGAGACGAGUUUUGUGACUGGAGAAAUGAUGAGUGACAUCUAUGUCAAAGGUAACUUGGUUGGUCUGGAAGAGGAUGUCCAAUCUACAGAUGUUCACUACAGAUCCAUGAACGGCGAGGGAAAUUUCAACUGGAGAUUUGUCUUCCCUUUUAACUACAUCGCAGCGGAAAGGGUGAUGUCGAUCACGAAGAAGACGCAUGUGUGGAGUAUCGACAAAACUGAGAGACGCGAAUAUCCAAAACUUCUCAUCCAACUAUGGGAGAAUGACAAGUUUUCACCCGAUGACUACCUGGGCAUGUUGACUCUGAACUUGGUGAACAUGGUCCAACCAGCGGCGAUGGCAAAAGACUGUAAGACGGCAGUUAAAGAGGAAGGAGUAAAAAAUGUGUCCCUGUUCCACGUACGGCGACUCAAGGGGUGGUGGCCGUGUCAGCGGAUGAAACAAGACGGGUCCAGCGAAGUCACAGGAAAAGUCCAACUGGAGCUAGAAGUACUGCCGGCCACCCUGGCAAAGCAGAGGCCAGUCGGAAGGGGGAGGGAGGAGCCGAACACACACCCUGUGUUAGAACCACCGAUACGGCCGGACACGUCGUUCCUGUGGUUCACGUCUCCGCUCAGAACCAUGAAGUUUAUCGUGUGGAAGUACCACAAGUGGACCAUCAUCAGGAUACUGCUGCUGUUGGUCGGCAUCCUGAUGCUCAUUCCACUCAUAGAGGCCUCUCCAAUAUUUCUGCUUUCCUGGAUCAAGAUCCUUCUGGAGAUGAUGUUCUUCUAAUUCCAAGAGCUAAUCACUUUACGUUGGUUGACAAUCCAAGACAAUAGUCAUAAUAGAUACACACAUAUUUAGCUAUAGAAUCAUUUGUACAUAAUUCAUGUUUCUAGCGUUUGUUUUUGUUUUCAAACUAGGAGUAGAACUAAUUUGAAUACAAGUGGCAUAUCUCUUUUCAUUCGACAUUUUAAUCUGGAUAGGAUGUCUUAAGAUAAUGUGUGACCAGUUUAUAUAAAUACGCUAUUUAACCUGUUCUCAACUAAUACAGUAGUAGUUUAAA